UCCCCCCCAUUUAGGGUUUAUAUGGUCUAGGGAGGGAAAAAUCGAGCCCAAGCCAAAACCCUCGAGGGCGAGCGAGGGACGAAGAGAGAGAGUCGGAGAAAUGGAGGGCGCGUCAUACCAGCGAUUCCCAAAGGUGAAGAUAAGGGAAAUGAAAGACGACUACCUGAAGUUCGAGCUGCGUGAGACGGACGCGAGCAUGGCAAACGCCCUGCGGCGAGUCAUGCUUGCCGAAGUCCCCACCAUCGCCAUCGACCUGGUAGAGAUCGAGGUGAACUCGUCCGUCCUAAAUGACGAAUUCAUCGCCCACCGACUCGGUCUAAUCCCCCUCGCCAGCGACCGUGCCAUGUCCAUGCGCUUCUCGCGCGACUGUGAUACCUGUGAUGGCGAUGGUGCUUGCCAGUACUGCUCCGUUGAAUUUCACCUUAAUGCCAUGUGCACCACCGAACAGACCCUUGAUGUCACCAGUGCCGAUCUCCGCAGUCUCGAUCCCACUGUCUACCCUGUUGACGCUCUGCCACGGCCUGCAGAUCCUGCCAACGGAUUCGAUCCCUCCGAGCAGAGGGGCAUUAUAAUUGUAAAGCUACGUCGUGGGCAAGAAUUGAGGUUAAGGGCGAUAGCGAGGAAAGGAAUUGGCAAAGACCAUGCAAAAUGGUCACCUGGUGCUACAGUUACUUUUAUGUAUGAACCAGAGAUUCAUAUAAAUGAGGAUUUGAUGGAAAAGUUGACACUUGAGGAGAAAAGAAACUGGAUUGAAAGCAGUCCUACGAAAGUUUUUGACAUUGAUCCAAAUACUCAACAGGUGGUCGUAGUUGACCCCGAGGCUUACACUUAUGACGAUGAAGUGAUCAAGAAAGCAGAAGCAAUGGGAAAGCCAGGACUCGUGGAGAUCUAUGCCAGGGAAGACAGCUUUAUUUUCACUGUGGAGUCCACAGGUGCCAUCAAAGCUUCUCAGCUAGUGAUCAAUGCGAUAGAAGUCCUCAAGCAAAAGCUGGAUGCUGUUCGGCUAUCAAUGGAUACUGCAGAAGCUGAUGAACAGUUUGGGGAACUGGGUGCACAUAUGCGUGGUGGCCUAUGAUGAUAUCUUUUUGAAUAGAUUUGUGCUCUGCUCCUUUUAUUGCUUCCUAGCUGUUUAUACUUGAUAGAAUUUUGAAACAGGCGCUUCCUUCUGCAUCUGAAUUCGUUGCGGCCUUGCUUCAAAUUUUGUGCAGCUAUAUCCUGACUACUGCACUGGUAUGCUUUUCGUUUAACUUGUUCAGCUGUGUUAGAUUGUGGUUUGGGUGGUGGAAUACUCCCAGAUUCUACCCUCAUAAUUUUUAUGACUUUUAGUUUUCGGCCACAAUCUUAAAAACUUUUCAGCUC